AUUACAUCACAUGAUUUAACCAUUACUUCGCUUGUAAGAUCCCUUUUUAUUUUAUUUUUAUCGAUCACUCAAUCGGACAAAUCUAUAUCACAUCUUCAUAUUAGAUUUUUAUUUUUCUUUCACGAAAUAGAAAGCUCAAGACUUUUUCUUCACGGUUACCUCAUACUUCAAGUAUUAGCGAAGAGAGUGAUCGGAAUUUUUGCGUUAGUUUGUUGUGAAGCGCAAUGCUUCACCGGAGUUUCAAGCCUGCCAAAUGCAAAACAGCUUUGAAGCUUGCGGCAUCACGUAUAAGGCUAUUGAAGAAUAAAAGAGGAGCGCAGGUGAAGCAGCUGAAGAGAGAAUUGGCUCAAUUGCUGGAGUCUGGCCAGGACCAGACUGCCAGAAUUCGGGUAGAACAUGUGGUGAGAGAAGAGAAAACAAUGGCAGCAUAUGAUCUCCUUGAGAUUUACUGUGAACUUAUUGUGGCCCGCUUGCCGAUCAUUGAGUCACAGAAAAACUGCCCCAUUGACUUGAAGGAAGCAAUUUCAAGUGUAAUGUUUGCAUCUCCAAGAUGUGCUGACUUACCUGAACUCAUGGAUGUACGUAAGCAUUUUACAGCCAAAUAUGGAAAAGAGUUUGUCGCUACUUCUGUUGAACUACGUCCAGAUUGUGGUGUAAGUCGCCUGUUGGUUGAGAAAUUGUCUGCGAAAUCACCUGAUGGUCCAACGAAGAUUAAAAUUUUAAGUGCAAUUGCGGAGGAACAUAACAUUAAAUGGAAUCCUGAAUCAUUUGGAGAGAAAGAUUCAAAACCUGCUGAAGACUUGCUGAAUGGGCCAAAUACUUUUGACAAGGUCAGUAAAAUGCCAAUGGAUCCUUAUGUUCAAGCUCCACAUAGUCAUGAUGAAAAAGGACCCUCAAAUGUCCAUGUUCCACCUAAGAGCAAUGAAAAUCAUGACGUGCCUGGAAACUUUCAAGAGUACAAUGCAAGGUCAUCGGGUCACUCCCAUUACCAUACAGAUAGUGAUGCCACUAAGGCAAAGUGGUCUGCUGCUUCUCAUCCGGAACUGAGGCCUACAGCAGGAUCUAGUAAUCAAGGGAUGGAAUUUAGGCAGCCGUAUUCUGGAAAUGGAAAUAUUUUUUCCCCUGGUAGCCAAAAUUGGAAUAUGGAAUUCAAGGACGCUACUGCUGCUGCACAGGCAGCUGCUGAAUCUGCAGAAAGAGCAAGUAUGGCUGCCAGAGCAGCUGCAGAACUUUCAAGCCGUGGGCAUGACUCAUGGCACUACUCAGCAGAGUCACAAAGAGAUAAAGAGCCUCGAACAUUUUAUCACUCAACUAGUGAACAUCAUGCAAAAGGUCCCAUAAAUAAUGCCCUUGAUAGAAGAAAUUCUAGGGCAGAUUAUGAACAAAUGCCCAGCAAUCAGCAAGAUGAUAUGGCAGGAAUUGCUGAUAAAUUUCACAAAGACAGUUUCAAGAGCAUCAAUAAAUCUAGCCAAUCUGCUUCAUUGAAGUCCAGUGCAGCCUCUGUUGAUGGUAACCCAUUGGUGAAUAAUCUCCAAAUGGCUGAUCGAUAUUCUCGAAAAAACUCAUCUGAAAUUGAGCAGAGUGACCUUUUAGGUCAAGUUAGCUUAGAGAAACAGUCUAGCAAUUCGGAGGUAGAAUUAAUGAAUAAAUUACAAGACAAUGUGAAUUUUAAGAGUGUUGAUGAGUUUGAAGAAAUAAAGGUCAGAAAGCAAUCUAGCCGUGCCUCCUCUCAUUCUCGUUCAAGCACAUUUAGUGAUGAUCAUGAUGUUGUAUCAAGUUUAGGGGGUGAUGCUGACGAGAACCCUUUUGCUAUUAAUGACAAAGGAGUUGCUCAAAGAAACUCUAAUAAAAUAAGUUCUGAUGAAAAUGCUGCUGUGGUCUUUGAUGAUUAUGAUUCAGAUGAGAUUGAAUACAAAAUUGAUUUAGAUGGUGAGCGCAAGGGAGAUGAACAUAGUUUGAAUUUCUCAUCUCCCAGUAAAACAAUGCCUACUCAUGUGUUUUCAAAUACGAAUGCUUGGAGUGAUAGGGAAAAUAUUGAUGAGCCCUGGAGGAAAUCUACUCCACAAUCCCGUUUCUCAAUGGAGCACCACUCUGAUUCUGUGUUUUCUGAGAGUAUGACUAGUACAACAGUUCCUUCACAACCAGAUAACGUGUUGUCUGCAACUUUUGAUGAUUCAGAUGGUCCAACUUCAGAAAGUGAAGAGGAUCUUGAUAAGUCUAAGCUUGUUAGGAACACAGAUACAAGUAAACAUAAUGUUUUCACCAGAACUUCUGAGGUGACCCUCAAUGAGAGUCCUGGGUUUAUGGAUUCUUCUUUUGCAGAUAAGGGAGAGGUGGAGUCUGGCCACCCAUGGGUAAAGCCAUCUUUUGAUGUGACACCAGUGGAAGUUCACUCUGGUAGAAACCAAGGAAUCAGACUCAAUGCUGAAUCGGCAAGGAAGUCUGGUUAUGGUGAUGUGUCCACCAGUCAGUCAUCUCCCAGAGUGGCAACAUCCCAAGUGGAUUUUAAUGAUAGGGGUGAUGAUUCAUACAACCACUCAUUUGAUGAGGGGAAGCACCAGCAAUCUCAACGACCUUCAAGAUUUUCAAUAGGACAAGAAGUCAAGGACAAUGCUCCCAUACCACAGCGAGCCAAACCCAUGGAACCUACUGAACCUUCAAAUGAGUCUAGUCUGGAAAGUCAAAACGAGUUGAAGCUUGAAAAUUUGACUGGUGGUUUGAGAAAUAAGGGUUAUAAGCGUCCGCCAUAUAUAAUGAGCUCAUCAGGCAAUGCUUCAUCACCUAAACAGACAGCCAAGGAUACUUCCACAAUUAAGGAAUCACUUUCUGCAACUGUCAGGGGUUCAAUUAAUCCUGAAGGCAUCAAACGAGAUCCAUACAAUAGGGAAGUGAAUGAAGAAGCAGCUGAAAAACCGAGCACUAGAUCACAUUUUGGUUCUCGUGGUGAUGAUUCAGAUGAUGAGCUACCGCAGCACACUUCUGCAAGCAGUAAAGAGCGAUACAAUAAUAAAGCUGGGAUUGGAGAAAAUAAAAAGUCAAGCUCAAGGAACCAGGUUAGAUAUUUUGAUACUGAUGAUAGUGAUUCUGAUGAUGAUACUCCUAAUCAAGCUUUGACGAGCAAAACUCGUAUAAACACUGGACUUUCUCAAAGGACAAAAGCCUCUCCUUUAAACUCUGAGAAAACUACAGUUACUUCAGUGGCAUCGGUAACUCUGGACUAUGGUGAAGAAAGGAAUUCUCCUUCAUGGAAUUUGUAUAGUAAUGAAACCAGACAAAAGCCCCCAUCUCAGAACAAGAGCUCAGGUCGCUUAGGAAGUUCUGAGCGGACUAGGUUGGCAGAACAAGAAGCUUAUAAACCAAUUCCAGAAUCAAAGAGAACAUCAUCUGAGGAAAGUUUGAGGUCAUCAGCAAAGGAACAGCCAUCAUAUUCUCUUCCAAAGAAGGUAACAACAGGUACCGCUGAAAGUUUGAAGACCUCAAGUUCUAGUGUGGAGAGUCCAUCUAAGGAGAAAGCUAGUCAUGUUCACCCAAAGCUUCCAGAUUAUGAAACAUUAACUGCACACUUACAGUCUCUCCGAAAAAAUCGCCAGUAAAUGUACUUAUGUUCUUAUAAAAAUAUAGGUUAUUUUGAUAUGAUGUUCAUGUUGGUUUUUUCAUUUUAUACUGUAUACAUUAUAUAAUU